AUGUCGCAUCAGACCGACCAAGAGGGUGGGGCCAGAUCUAGGGCUACUAAAAAGGCCGCCGCGCAAACCAAUCAAACGAAACGUGCGGCGGGGAAAAAGGCUGAGGUGGGAAAGCAGAAGCCCGGGAAGAAGGCGGAGGACAAGGGGAAGCAACCAACGGCACGCAAGCGUGUUUCGGUCGUCAGGAGCGAUGCGGAUGUUGCCACUGCUGCCCUCGAGCCCGGUCCUUCUGACGACGGCACCAUCGGCGGGAACGAAGACCCUGGGCGUGGCGGCGUGAGUGUUGCCGUCCGGUCGGGGGACAGAGAGGGCUUUGCGACUGGAGGAAAGCACGGCGACUCUCCCCGCCAAGAUCAGGCCGCAACUUCGACGUCCGUGGCAGAGGCAAAGCAGCAGCAUCUGACGCUGCCCCACCCGCCCGUGGUCGAAAUAUCUGCUGCAGUGAUAGAUAAGGAGAAGGAUGCUGCGCACGAUUGCACGGAGGGGCCGAAACACGACAUUGCCGACGUAGGUGGAUCUCCUCCCUUUGGGGGACGCGGGAGGCGUAGGCAGAGGAAGAGCGAUGGUGAGGAGGAGAAUGACACCCCCGUGGCUGAGGACAUGCCCAUACGCGCGAAGAGGAGGCAGACGACAGCCAGCGGCGACGACGCCGGUGGUGCUGAAGUUGGGACAAUGCGAGGCACCACGGCGCCAAGUGGCUUGGCGACAGAUCAUGCAAUGCGGCAUAAGGUGGGAUCCGGUCCGAGGAAACCAUCUAGCGGACGGAGGGGGAAGCAAUCUUCGGGGGGGAAUAGGCCGAAGCGCGGCAAAGAAGGCCCUGGUGAAGCGGAUGUUGAGGACGAGGGGGAUGGGGAGGAGGAGGCCGAGGAGGAUGCGGAGGAGGAGGACGAGGAUGCAGGGGAGGGUGAAAAGGACGAGGAUGAGCAGGAGGGCGACGAUGAUGAGGAGGAGGAGGAGGAGGAGGAGGAGGAGGAGGAGGAGGAGGAGGAGGAGGAGGAGGAGGAGGAGGAGGAGGAGGAGGAGGAGGAGGAUGAGGAUGAGGACGAUGAGGAGGACGAUGAGGGGGACGACGAGGAUGAGGAGCAGGAGGAGGAGGAGGAGGAUGAGGAGGAGGAGGAGGAGGAGGAGGAGGAGGAGGAGGAGGAGGAGGAGGAGGAGGAGCAGGAGGAGGAGGAGGAGGAAGAGGAGGAGGAGGAUGAUGAGGAGGAGGAUGAGGAGGAGGAGGACGACGAGGAGGAAGAGGAGGUGGAGGAAGGGGCGGAUGAGGAGGAGGAGGAGGAGGAGCCGGCAGGGAAAGGACGGGGCGCGCGAGGCGGACGGGGGAGUGGCACAGGGAAGGUGGGGGGCCGGUCUGGACAAUCCCGGAAACGCGGGGCGGGUGACGCAAUGCGUGGCGGACCAGCGGGCAAAUCGAAGGCGCGUAAGGUGAAGGUUGAACGUGACCGGGGUGGAAGGAAGCAAGUGAGACAGGGAGCUAAAGGCGAUGGAGACGGAAAGAGACCGCGCGCGAAAGGGGUACCUGUGGGUUCGGCAAAGAAAGAACCUGCCCACCCUAACAACACCGUGUUCCACCCGUCUUUUCCCGCCGCAGGGAAGGAGAAGGUUGACGAAUCGGCUAAACCGGGCAUUGGGCCACCGGUAACCGUGCAACGGAUGCAGCUAGCGAAAGGGGCCGGAAGAGCGAGUGUGGCACCGCUAUCCACAGGAGGACCAAGGUUCUUCACGCCAUACUCCGGCCCGAGCAAAGUCGCUGCGACUGCACCCGGCGCGGCAACAGGCGAGGAAUCCGAAUCCCCUCCACCAGCCCCCGUCACGCACUCCCCACUCGCCUCUCCCUCAUACCCAUUUCGGCCACUACACGCUUCUCCAGCCCGGGGCAGGGCGGUAUCCCCCCUCGCCGGUCCAUCGCGUGUGCAUCAACCAAGCACCUUUGCCAAUCCCUUCCCUGAGCUUCCCUUUUCCCGCCAGCGUGAUAGUGUGAGGGCACACGGUGCUGCUGCAGAAGACGUUGAACCCCUUGGCCAGAGAGGGGUUUCUACACACCCUUUUCCGGAUGUCAUGGAUGCGCUGGCUGAAGGUGCAGAGCACGGGCAGUUUGUUACACGAGACGAGUUCCAGCAGCUACGGUCUGAGAUGUACGCCAUGUUUGCUCAGCUCGGCCUGCGUCGGGGAGCAGCUGCCAGCUAUGCCGGGGGGGCCGCAGUGGUGCCGAUGGGUGGUACCCCGCCGCCGAUGAGUGCCGUGGACAAGGCACGUGUGCUUGUGCUGCAGGAGACCAACCCAUUCCCGGUAUGUGGCGGGUUGGGGUUGACGUGGCAACCAGGGCAGGGUUGGGAAUGA